AUGACGGAACAAACAUUAUAUUCAGAAAUUGAAGAUGAUUUUCUCAUUUGUCCCAAAGACGGCGCUAUCAGCUAUGAAUUCGACCUCUUUGAGAAAGGCGAUCUAGACUCUGGAUUUCACCUGAAAAACGAUAUCGCCUCCCCGUAUCAACGAUCGAACGUAGUCCAGCGUAAGGGGGCUAUCUACGUCAAAUGCACGUGUGUCGAUAUAAUUCAUGGAAAAUGGGGCCCAGAGCAGCCAGGAUUGAAUGCCACCCUUCUUGUCCUUCUCUUUCGGUUCGAUCCGCUGCGACGUGCACGACGCAUUGCUUCGGCUAGCAUUGAGUUCAAAUUCUUCGACUCCACGGGGCGUCACCGUAGAAACCCUGAAGUUCUCGACAUUUCUCUCAACGAUAGUUUCACCCUUAUGCCCACUUGCCGUACUGAAUCGUUCACACAUGGCACUGAGGUAAAACUUGGUGGCGGCAUUGCGGGAGCUGAACUGUCGGGUACAGUAAAGAUCGAAAAAAGGAUCAACGAGGAAACAACAGAUGCAACGCGUGUAAUAGGUUCUAUCGACCGUCUCGGUGCAUCGUUUGGUCCCUGUAAUGCUGCAUCGUGGACGCUUAUUGAGAACGCAACAACGAAGACAGGAGUGCCAGUCGCAAUGAGGGUCGGCGUUCUGCUUAAGCGAGGAAAUGACGAUGACUUUUAUUGCACAGUUAAGCUUAACACCAAAGCGGACUUUAGAACACGCAUGGAAGAGCUCAUAGGUGGCCGAGAGGUUGAUGACCCGAUUUUGUUUAACACCACAAUGCCACCGACAAAUAACUUGAUGAAGUACGACGUUGGCAACCUAGGGAGCUUUAAUGUUGCCAGUAUUCAAGAUGUUACUUUUACUACUGUAAGGCGGGAUGUCAUUAAACAAUAA